UUCUCCGUUUACUUGUCAAAAAUGGUCAAUCUACCGGCAGUUGGUUAGAGUGGAAGACUGGAGUUGCCGGCCUAGGUUCAGUAAUUGUUUCAAACUGCAGAUUAAAAGUGAAUUGGAAUGGCAGAGGCUGUCGUCACGUUUGCAGUGGAAAGGUUGGGUGAUUUGCUUAUUCAAGAAGCUAUCUUAUUGAGUGGCGUGAAUGAUGAAGUUCAGGGUAUUCAGAUUGAGCUCAGGCGAAUGCAGUGUUUCUUAAAAGAUGCAGAUUCGAGAAUGAAUGAGGAUGAGAGUGUGCGUAACUGGGUGUCGGAAAUCAGAGAUCUUGCUUAUGAUGCAGAGGAUGUAAUUGAAAGCUUUGCUGUGAAAGUAGCUUCCAAGAGGAGAGGAGGUUUCAUUAAUGUACUCAAAAGGUUUGUUUGCAUUGUGGAAGAAGGAUUAGAAUCGCACAAAAUAGGAUGUAGGAUUCAAGAUCUUACUGCCAAGAUUUCUAACCUCACCAGAAGCUUGGAAACUUAUGGCGUAAGAGAUAUGAAAAAUUCGGAAACUUCAAGCAGCGCAUACCAGAGGCAACGGCAACUAAGAUGGUCUUACUCGCAUGUAGCUGAAAAACAUAUAAUUAGGAGAGAAGAAAUCAAUAUACAGCUGGUGAAACAUUUAGUGGAAUCGAAAAAUUCGUGCCAAGUUGUUUCGAUAUGGGGUAUGGGUGGUUUGGGGAAGACCACACUCGCUAAGGAAAUAUAUCAUUAUAGUCAGGUUCGGAGUAAUUUUGAUUGCUUCGCUUGGUCAUGUAUAUCGCAGAAAUGUCAACCAAGAGAUGUGUGGGAAGGAAUUCUGAUUAAACUCAUUUCUCCAUCUUUAGAGCAGAGGGAUGAAAUUUUAAAACUACGAGAUGAAGAGGUAGCGCAAAAGCUGUAUCAGAUUCAACAAGAGAGGAAAUGUUUGGUGGUUCUUGAUGACAUUUGGAGCAUUCAAGAUUGGGAUAGGCUUAAGGCUGCCUUUCCUGUUCAAGAGAUGGACAGUAAAAUCUUGCUCACUUCUCGUAAGAGAGAAGUAGCCUUGCACGUAGAUCCGACAGGGUUCCUUUGUGAACCACAAUGUCUAAGUGGUGAAGAAAGUUGGGAUCUACUUCAAAGGAUAGCAAUACCUCUAAAAGAUCGUACAGACUUAAUAAAUAUUACUAGAAUGGAGGAGCUAGGGAAGAAAAUGGUUGAGCAUUGUGCUGGUUUGCCUUUGGCCGUCACUGUGCUAGGAGGGCUUUUGGCUACAAAAUAUACAGCUCAUGAGUGGCAAAUUGUGCAUGACAAUAUUAAAUCAUACAUGAGAAGAGGCAAAAUUCACGGGCAAGAACAGUUUGGAGUUCUGGAUGUCUUAGCUUUAAGUUAUGAUGAUUUACCAGCUCGGUUGAAGCCAUGCUUUUUGAACUUGGGCAAUUUUCCAGAAGAUUAUGAGAUACCUGUGGUCAAAUUGAUACGGAUGUGGAUGGCAGAAGGAUUCAUCCCUUUGGUGCAGCUUGAAGAUGAUGGAGAGGAAUCAAUGGAGGAGGUAGCUGAACGGCACUUACACGAGCUGGUCGAGAGGUGUAUGAUUCAAGUGGGAGAAACAGAUUCAAAUUCUAAAAUGAGAACUUGUCGCAUGCAUGAUCUUAUGAGAGAUCUAUGCUUGCAGAAAGCAAAGCAGGAGAAUUUUCUUGACAUUAUUAAUUACUCUCACAACAAUGAGAUCUCUCCGAGUUCCUUAGUUCGAAGACUUGCCGUACAUCUGAACAGAGAUAGGCGUGAAACUGAUCUUCGAAAUUCUAUCAGAAACCAUCACACACUCAGGUCUCUUUUAUACUUCUAUGACUCAGGAAACGGAUACUGGCAGAGAUUCUGGAAAUUAAGUGCAGCAACAUUUGACAGUUUGAAACUGCUUCGAGUGUUGGAUCUUGAGGGAGUUAAUAUUAAUGGAGGGAAGUUGCCAAAAGACAUUGGUAAUCUCAUCCACUUGAGAUUCUUAAGUUUACGGAAUUCAAAGGUGCUACAUCUUCCGCCAAGUAUUGGUAAUUUAAGGAGACUGCAAACACUAGAUUUAUAUACAGGUGGCAGAUAUAUGUAUGUACCCAACGAGAUCUUCAAUUUGGAACAACUGAGACAUCUAUAUCUCCCUUCUAAUCAUUCUACAGGAACGGGGUUUCAGUUGGCUAGCCUGAGACACCUGAGAACAAUUGUGAAUCUGAGAGUAAAUAACUACGAUAUGAAUAAUCUUGCAAAUAUGAUCAAUGUGAGGGAGUUGGGCAUCAGAGUAUCUUCUGACGGUUUCACUUCAAUAGAAACCUUUAAACUGCCAAAUGGCUCACUAAAAUAUCUUCAAUCUCUAUCCAUAAUUGAUGAUUAUAGUGACGGAAAAUUAGACAUUGGGUUAUUCUUGUCAUCGUUUGUUAAUAUUCAUGAGUUGAAGUUAGAUAUGGGGUUGAAAAAGAUUCCAGAUUAUCAAGAGUUCCCUCCAAACAUCUCCCAUUUAUGUUUACAGAAUUGUCUACUGGCAGAAGACCCAAUGCCAACUUUAGGGAAGCUACCUAACUUGAAGGUCCUCCAAAUAUGUGAAAAUGUGUUCAUUGGAGAGGAAAUGAUUUGUUCGAAGGAAGAUUUUCCUCUACUGCAUACACUUUUAGUUGAAGGGCAACCAAAAUUUGAGGUAUGGAGGGUAGAUGAAGGAGCUAUUCCUAAUCUAUGUCGGUUGACCAUAUCAAACUGCUGGUAUUUAAAGUCAUAUCCUGAUGGAUUGAGGUUUGCUGCAUCUCUUCGAGAACUUAAGAUCAUUUCAAUGCCGAAGACGUUCAAAGACAAGAUGAUAGAAGGAGGAGAAGACUUCUAUAAAGUCCAACAUGUGCCUUUGAUCGAAUUUCUACAUUCUACUUCAAAUAUGAAAAUGAAUUUUAAAUUGGAUUUUUCAAAUGAUUCAAGUAAGCGCAAAGUCCUCAUGGCAGUCUCGUGCGUUUCAGGUGUUAAAUCAGUUAGUUUUGAUAUGCAACUAAAAGAACUCUCUAUAAUUGGGGAUAUGGAUCCAGAAGAUGUAGUGAUGGUGGUCCGAAAACUGUGUCGCACAGAACCUAUUAAUAGAAGGAGGAUUGCAUUUUAGAACAGCUCGAGUCACAUUCUUAUCGGUAACGACAUGCUUUUGGUCAUAGACACGAAUGGUAGGUCUACUAAUACCCUUCAAGUAAGAGAAGUCAGCACGUCCAUUAUACGCUGAGUCAACCUGGAAGAGAACCUCAGCCUGAUACUUCUAAGCUUGUUUCACAGAUGAAGAAGCUCGAUUGGGAGGACAUUAACAGCUCCAAUACUCUUCACCAACAUGCUCAACUCUAAAUUCUUUACGUUCCGAUUCGCUAUAAACAAUAACUUUAGGUUACCCAAGACCCCAUAGCUUUGAGUUUGGUAACCUUCUCCGAUAUGUGAUGCAAGAAAAUCCUGGCUGCUGUUGGUUUGAUCUCUUGCUGCUUUAACAACUGUC